UGUUGGUGGUAGGGGAUGCAAGAUGGAGUUGUGUGUAUUUUUAUUUUAAGCAAAUUGGUUUUGUUAUUUUGCUAUCUACCCUGAGAACAGGACGAGGUUUACUGCUAUAGAAUAAACAAGUGGUAUAAUAAAUAGCUAGCCAGUAUUGCAACAUUUAAAUGAGCAGUGGGUUUAUGCAAGAACGGAUUUCUGUGCAACCAGAGUGGGAAGCUAGUUUGCUCACUGACAGCCAUGAGAAAUGUGGAGGUUUUUGCUGAAGUAACUACGCUUAGACGGAUAUGUUUCGAAGUGAUCAGCGAACAUAUGGCUGUUCUUGAAACUCAAGUAUGGGAUUUACCAGCGUCACUUAUAAAGGACAUCUUGCCUCAUCUGAACAUUUUUUACCUGGAGAGAAUUGAGUCUGCAGCCAGGUGCAAAGGUGUAUCCACUUCCUUUGUUUGGGCUGCAUUAUGGAAGGAUGUGGUCAAAGCAUGGCGUUGUAGAUCCAGGACCAUGACCUCUGCAGAUGAGUGGAGACAGAAAUGCCUUGAGAGACUCUUUCACAUGGCAUUGUUUGGACAUAUCAAACUGGACAGAUACUACCUUUCCAAUCUCAGCCGGUUUUCAGUCCUCUCCCUGACGGCCAAACACGUCCAGGUCCUCGCUCUAUUUGGCUCUACCAGAGAGAUUUGUAAGCUGGCCUCAGAUGAGCUGAGGCCUGUUUUAGCCACCUUGGAGAAACAUGUCAGAUGCAUUAAACUGCAAGACACCAGUUCUCUGUUUAAACAUGGUCGUGCUGUCAUGCUUUAUAUCUUCCAUCGCCUUCUUGACCAUGGAUCAGUUAGGAAUUUGAUCCUGACCCGGAGUCCUGACCCUAGACUUCUCAACUGGAUUCUGCAGAGAACCAGUAGGCAUCAGUGCACUGUGCCGCCUCCAGACCACCAACACUUUUUCAAGGUUGGAGAAAGGAAAAUUCCUUGCAUGCAUGCAACUACUGUGUCAAUCGAUGGAAGGUGUCCGGGGUCUGAACCUCAAACCUCAGCUGCCAUAUCAGUUGGCUGUAGCUGCAGAGCAGUGGAUACUGAUAUGUGCAGGACACCAUUUAAACGCCCAAGGUUAGAUGUGGAAGGAAAAGUAGGAGAAGAUGGGACAACUGCCAGAAGCCUCCCUUCACAGUCCCUUCCAUGGCAGGGUAUGGACUCAGAAUGCCUGGCUCCCCCCUUUGACCCCACCUGUAAUCUUGAAGAAGAAGUCUGUCCGGAAGGAGAGAUCCAUUCGCUGGUGCUUGAAAUAUUCAAAGAUGAAAUCUCAAGAGUAGUCUCACCACUUCUUCCCUCCUGGCUGUGUCUACGCUCUCUUCAUUUUCACAGUGAAUGGCCCGUUGAAGAAGCAGACGUGUUGGGGAUGGUAGAGGCCCUCAGGCUGCUGUUUGAGAACCCAGCCUGCUCUCUCACCGACCUGAGCAUUGGCUCUGUGUCCUGCGUGAUGCCUGUUGGCACAUUGCUGUUGCAUCUGCUGACUGCAUGCCUAACCCUGAGGUCCCUCUCUUUGGAGGUCUCUUCUCCUUUGUCCCAAACGAAGUGUCAGCUGGAUCCCCCCACACAGCCUGCUGUAGAAGCUGCUUUUUCUCUUGAGAGGCUCUCCGUGAAAUUCCCUCAAGAAUUCGUAAACCUGGAGUCCUUCGGACUGGUGUUGAGGAAUGCCCCGAGUCUGACAUCACUUCACCUGAUAGGACUCCAUUGUGAGGGACAGAACCUUGGCCAACUACUGCACUUGCUAUCAGAGUCAAGUCCAGACCUAAAGACCCUUUCCCUAGAUGAUGUUAACUUGGUUAAUUGUCACAGUGAAGUCAUACAUCUCCUGAACAACUCAAAACUGGAAGAUGUAUGCUUCAAGGACUGUCGACUGCUUGAGAAAUGCAGGGUGAAGGAGGACUUUCUUGGGCCAUUUGUAACUGCACUAAAGAGGCUGUCAUCACUUCACUCUCUCAUACUGUCCCAAAACCGACUGGCCAACAGUGUGAUCACAUUAGCAGACCUAUUUUCAGGAAAUUCUCCAAGCAGGGUAAAGAAAUUGGAUAUCAGCUCCAACUACAUUUUACCCAUGGGGCUACUGGAGUUUGGCAGGCUGCUGGAGAACAACCCUCCUCCUUCUGGACUGACUGUGGAUGUGAGGUUCAACCCCCUUGACCGCGAUCCUUCAGUCACAGAGCAAGCCCUGCAGAAGCUCCGCCCACUCUGCUGUGUCUAUACAGACAACUGGAACUCCAGGACUACUAUGGCUGACCACAUCAGUGUCAUGUGAACACAAGCCUGGGCCGCCUGUUGCCAUGACCACAUAAUGUCACAGCAGGAAAUGCA